AUGAGUAACAGCUACUACUCCGAUUCGGAUGACCUUGACAUACGAGUCUCGAGGCGUCGGGCACCGUCGCCUUCACAGGUUCACUAUGUUGAAGCGAGAUCGAGACCCAGUAGGAACUAUUACCCGUCAGCAGGUCAACAGCCUAGCUUCUUGGCUCCUGAGCGCACAGUCAUAACCACUCGCACUCGGUCAAGAGAGCGUUCCCGUGAGCGCCAUUCCACUCCACCGGGUCCCGCUCCGGCUUCCAUCUCCGCUCCGGCCCCGGCUCCUGUAAUUAUCAACAACCGUAUUUACAACGAACAUUCUUCCGAUGAUGAGGACGACCGCCACAUGCAGGUCUACCACAGCCGUCACCGUUCUCACUCCCGUGGUCACUCAUCUCAUUCCCGCUCACCUUCAUCCUCUUACAUGACCCGGGAGGAUUAUGAGGCAGAACGGGCUCGACAAGAGCUGGCGGAACUCAGAAUCAGUCAGGCUCGUGAGAAAGAGGAACGCCGGGUUCAAAAGGAGUUCCGGGAGGAAGCUGAGCUCCAACGUGCCAAGCGCGAUCUCGAAGAUAUCCGAACCCGGGAGGCUCGCGCUGCUGAAGAACAGCGCUUCAAGACCAAGAUCGAGCUGGAAAAAAAGGAGGCAGAUCGACUUACGCAAGAGAAGAAGGAAAAGGAACAGCGUGAAAAGGAAUUUCAGCAAAGGCUCAAGGAAGAGCGUCAAAAGGAGCUGGACAAGCUAGCCAGGGAGAAGAAGGAGAAGGAGGAGCGCGAGAAGGAGUACCAAAGACGUCUCCAGGAGGACCUACGUAAAUCAGGUCUUGACGACAAGGCUAUUGCUGCCAUCCUCAAGAAGGAGAAGAUUCCGGAGCCACCGCGACAAAGACCAGCCCAGCAUGAAAACGCGCUCGUUGCUGGGAAUCGCCCAACCUACACGCGUAUGGCACGGAAGCAUCUUUCGAUUGAAACCUUGCGAACAUAUCAGGUUGAAUGGGAAAUGGAUGUUGAUCCUGAUUACGUGCUCAUCAGACGAUGGGUGCCGGAAUGGGAGCAAGAUACCCUUUGGAGACACACCAGGUCGAUUCGUGAGAAGCGCUCAUCCAAGCUCGUACUUGAGAUCGAAGACAAGAAGUCGCACCGCCACGAACCAGAGUUUGAAUGGGUCAGAAAGAAGAGUGACCGGAAGAGAAGCAAGUCACCCGCGCUCCUCAUGUACCUUGCGGGAGCGAAACCAGCAUGA